AUGAAUGGAUUUGUUAAAACUGGAAAACUGCAAAAGGCGUUUGAUUUUUUACAAGAUAUGGAGAAUUCAGGGAUGAUUCCUGAUAUUGUGAGUUAUAAUACUUUAAUUAGUGGGUUAUGCAAGAUGAGAAAUGUGGAAGAAGGUAUGAAGCUGUUUGAAGUUUUGGAGUUGAAAGGUAUGAGUCCUGAUGUGAUUACUUAUAAUACUUUGAUAUCUUCGUAUUGUAAAGAAAGCAUGUUUGAUAAAGCGUAUUUGCUUUUAAGUAGAGGUGUUGUUAAAGGGUUUGUACCUAAUGAUGUAACAUGGUAUAUAUUGGUGUCUAGUUUGUUAAAAGAGCUUCAAUGA